UAUACACAGAGUAGAUAUCUUGACACUUGUAAUGAAUUAUAAUAUUAACAAGUCCAGAAUACCGUGGCCAUAUUUCCGAAAGCCCAGGAGCAUUACUACAAGCCUCAGGCUACGGUAACAUAGUAGGAAGGAAUCUGUAUUCCUCGUGUUCUCGACGGCCGAGCGAGCGUUACCCACCCAACCGCGUCGCGUCUGUCCUGGCCCAAGCUGGCUGGUUCUUAAGCUCCAGCCUCGAAAGCAGUAUCCACGACAAUUGUUCUCCAUCCUCCUUCCUCAUAUUCAACAAUGACCUCUGAAACUCUCGUCCCCGACAACUCUGCCGUUUCUUCACCUCCCGCCAAACGUGUCAAGACUGCCGCUACAAUGGAAGGCCCCCCACCCCUACAGAUUAAGAAGCUUUCUGAGAAGGGUCGUCUGCCCACUCGUGGUAGUGCCUUUGCUGCCGGCUAUGAUAUUUACGCUGCUCGCGACACAACUAUUCCCGCUCGUGGCAAGGCGCUAGUUGACACUGAUAUCAGCAUGGCUGUGCCAGCCGGAACCUAUGGACGCAUUGCCCCUCGAUCCGGCCUCGCUUCCAAGCAUUUCAUUGACACAGGCGCUGGUGUCAUCGAUGCCGAUUACCGCGGUCAGGUCAAGGUCCUGCUUUUCAACCAUAACGAAUCCGACUUUGAGGUGAAGGAGGGCGACCGCAUUGCUCAACUUGUUCUGGAGCGCAUCUACACCCCCGAGGUUGUCGAGGUUCAAGAACUCGAGGAGAGUGUUCGAGGCGCUGGCGGCUUCGGCAGCACUGGUUAGACCGUCAAGGAGGAUGAGUCUCAUGAAUUAAUGAAUUGGGUUUUGGGCCAAUGGAAUAGACCUACUGUAAAGCUUGUGGAAGGAACGCCAUCCAAGUGAAUUAUUUGACCCUGAAAGAUAGAUGGGAAACCCUUGAAUGGAAUCAUAACCAGACGCCUAUUCUCACACCCUUUCUACCUAUUUCUAUUUCAUCUUUGCUGGUUUCUUCUAUAGUGUCAUUGUAAC